UGUGGACAAUCGGCCUCAAUCGCUAGAUAGCAAUUACCUGUAGAGAUGCGAGGAAUCAGAUAACAUUGAAUCUCUUCCUCACUUUCCCAUCGCUGGGACUGCUUGGCGAAGUCAUGGAAAAACAGCCAAGAUUACUGUCAUCUCAGUUUUUAUUAAAAAGCAGGGUUUUUGAAGUCACCUUAAAUCGUUCACUACUGACAUGGAAGGAAAUACAGACCAAGAAAAAACGCGUCUCGGGGGGUGCACACAACACGUUCAAAGUUGGAUUCUGCUUGGCUAAAGUUCUCUGCAGAAAAAGACAAGAGUCAGGUAGCUAUUGUGUGCCUGUGUCUGAAAUUGUAGCAGUUCGAGAGACAGACGUGGACAGCCGGACCAAAGAUGAAAGAAGAUGGCAGAAAAUGUCUCAGAGAACAACUGAAGGGUAUCCAUAUGCAUUCACAGUGUCCUACGUGGAAAGGGCAAGGCAGCACCGCUGGCGGUGUAGUGACGUCACCUUCCACUGCUCUGACAGCGCACUGUGUCUCCAAUGGAUCCAGAGCAUCAGGGAGCAGCUUGCACUAUUGACCAGCAGACCGAAGCAUUUGCUGGUGUACAUUAAUCCCUAUGGAGGGAAACAACAGGGGAAGAGGAUCUACGAGGAGAAAGUGGCUCCACUCUUCUCCCGCGCCUCGAUAUCCACCGACGUGAUUGUUACUGAGUAUGCAAAUCAUGCCAGGGACCACUUACUGAAGGGUGCUGACCUAAAGAAAUAUGAUGGUGUGGUGUGUGUCGGGGGCGAUGGCAUGUUCAGUGAAAUCAUUCACGGGCUGAUCUCACGGACACAGAGGGAUGCCGGGGUGGACCAGAACCGUCCAGAGCAGAAGCUGGUGCCGUGUGGACUCAGGAUCGGCAUCAUCCCUGCGGGUUCCACUGACUGCAUUAGCUAUGCGACAGUUGGCAUCAAUGACCCCGUGACCUCUGCCCUGCAUAUUAUUGUGGGUGACUCCCAGCCACUGGACGUCUGCUCUGUCCACCAUAACAACACAUUCCUUCGGUAUUCCGUCUCCUUGCUUGGAUAUGGUUUCUAUGGCGAUGUGUUAACAGACAGUGAGAGGAAGCGGUGGAUGGGGCCAGCCAGAUACGACUUUUCAGGGUUUAAGACGUUUCUUACGCAUCACUAUUACGAAGGAACCAUAUCAUUUCUACCAGCUACAAACAUACUGGGGACUCCCAGAGACAAGACAAGGUGCAGAGCAGGGUGUUACAUCUGCCAGCACAAUGGACAGCUCUUCUCUGAAGAUGGACAGCCCUACAAGUCAGAUGAGGAUACGUUCCACAGUGAGUACGGCAGUGAUUGGCGGGUAAUCCGGGGAAAGUUUCUGGCCAUCAAUGCUGCCAGCAUGAGCUGUGCCUGUCCCCGAAGUCCCAAGGGCCUGUCGCCCUCCGCCCACCUGGCCGACGGCACCACCGACCUCAUCCUCGUCCGCAAGUGCUCCCGGAUCAACUUCCUGCGGCACCUCCUGCGACACACCAACAAAGAUGACCAGUUCGACCUGUCCUUCGUGGAGGUGCACCGGGUUCGCAGGUUCCGCUUCAUACCCAAAUACUGCGGGGGCGACCUGGAGCUGGACCUGAGGGAGGGCGUGCGCGGGCAUGAGCUCGGGCUGUUCGGCCACAUCUGCAGGGACCACCCCGCCUGCGGCUGCGCCCCCGUCAACAGCAGCUGGAACUGCGACGGCGAGAUCCUCUCCCACGCCGCCAUCGAAGUGGGAGUGCACUGCCAGCUCAUUCGGCUGUUUGCGAGAGGGAUCGAGGAGCAGCCCGUGUUCGACGACCCCUGUGUCCCGUCUGUGAUAUAGAGUCACCAGGAGCACCAGGAUCGCUCCGGGCACAGUGGUCUAACGCACCGGCCACAGUGGUAGUGCUGCACUGCUAUGGCGCCAUUUCAAUCCUCUGUGUGACAGACCUAUUGCGUAGUUUUCUCAUGCCCCGCGUUGUUAGCUAGCUGUGAUAUUUGUGGUGUCUGGUACACUGUCAGAGGAGCCAGUUCUCAAUAAUCUGAAGCUAUUAUAGCCACUCUGUGUCGCCCUUUUAUCCUUUUCAUCCCAGCCCGCUGGCUGAGUUUUGGGUAACCUUCUGAUAAUGGUGACUGAAAUCUAUGAUCAUCAGACAAAGAUACUACCUGGCCCCAUGAGAAGAGAAGUUUUAUUUAUUUGACUGUUACCAUAUUAUGUAGUGUAAACUUUACUUGUUUUAUACUAAAAAGAAUACAUCAUCAUUUUGAGUUUAUUUAAAAAUCCCUAAUGUGCGACAGAUUGAUUAAAAUGUGGAAUGUCCAUACAUGCUAAUCAUUAGUCAUUCAGGGUUAGCAAGAUUUUAGCUAGUAAAUAAUUAUAAAGGAGAAAAAGACCAAUAUUUCUGCCCACACAAUGAUGUUGAAUGUACGGAAACUAUUUAAAGAAACUUUGUUAAUGUAUUCAUUGAGUAGCUGUACAUACACAUUCAUAUUACUGGAUUUGACAUCUGCUGCAAACUGUACCAGACACAAAACAUCUUUAUGUAACCUCACUGUGAUACACAAUGGUGAAAUUCAACUGUGAAUGGUUAAUAUUCUAAAAUCAUCAAAAAAGUCAGUUUAACAGGGGGCAAAUUUAAAGAGUUUCUAUGACAUCUGGCGGUGCACACCCCCACCAAUGUGGUGUUGGGAAAUUAUGUUUGUUGC